GCCGCUGACGCAAGGCACGGUGCAGGCUGAGUCAGUGAAGCUGAACCUGCCUUCGGGUGCGGAGCAGCGAGGCGUUCAUGCCGCCGCGGCAUAGACACCGAUCACAGGCGGACCCAGAUACAGAGACGGACUGCAGUAUAACGUCCCAUCCUUUUGAAGGACAGGGAAGGGAAAUGGCUGCUGUGGAGCCAGUGCAGGGGCUGGUGACCUUCGAGGAGGUGGCUGUGUAUUUCACCAAGGAAGAGUGGGCUCUGCUGGACCCUGCUCAGAGAGCCCUCUACAGAGACAUCAUGCAGGAGAAUUAUGAGAAUGUGACCUUGCUGGCAGGUUUUCUAGUCUCCAAACCUGAUGUCAUCUCCCAGCUGGAACGAGGGGAAGAACCGUGGGCUCCAGAUCUCCAGGGCUCAGAGGAAAGAGAGAUCCUGAGAGGCAGCUGCACAGCAGGUAAUGGGAUGGUGAGUGAGACCAUGGAGCAGACUCCUCAGCAGGAAGAUGAUGAGCACGUGGAAUCACAUGGGGUGUUGUUGCAAAGAUGCAAGGGGAGUGUGUCCAGGAGCUGUGAGCAGGGAAAAGCCUGUGAGAGUCAGUGCAUGCCAGAGAAGUGGCAGGGAAACCAGCCAAGGCAGAAAGUUGGUAAAUCAGUUAAUUAUCGGGGGACUCACAAAGGCCUCAAGGAAACCAUGGCCCAGCAGAAAAUCCUGAUGAGAGAGAGAAAUAACACAUGCGUUGAGUGUGGGAAAAAGCUCAGUAGGCGCUCGAGCCUUAUUAGACAUCUGAGACUCCAUGCUGGAGAGAGCGCCUAUGAAUGCUGUGAGUGUGGGAAAACCUUCAGUCAAAGUUUAAACUUUAUUAAACAUCAGAGGAGCCACAGAGGGGCGAAACCCUACAAAUGCUGCGAGUGUGGGAAAACCUUCACUCGGAGCUCUGUCUUUAUUAAUCAUCAGAGAAUCCACACAGGGGAGAAACCUUAUAAAUGCUGUCAGUGUGGGAAAACUUUUGCUCAAAGCUCAAACCUUAUUACACAUCAGAGGUGCCACUCAGGGGAGAAACCCUAUGUAUGCUGUGAGUGCGGGAAAACCUUUGCUUGGAACUCAAACCUUACUAGACAUCAGAGGAUCCACACACAAGAGAAACCCUGCUGUGAAUGUGGGAAAAUCUUCACUAAUAGCUCAACCCUUAUUAAACAUCAGAGAAUCCACACAGGGGAGAAACCAUAUGAAUGCUGUGUGUGCCAGAAAACCUUCACUAAGCCCUCAACCCUUAUUGAACAUCAGAGGAUCCACACAGGGGAGAAACCCUAUGAAUGCUGUGAGUGUGGGAAAACCUUUGCUUGGCGCUCCACCCUUGUUACGCAUCAGAGGAUCCACAGAGGGGAGAAACCCUAUGAAUGCUGUGAAUGCGGGAAAACUUUCACUCUGUCUGCAGACCUUAUAAGACAUCAGAGAAUCCACACAGGGGAGAAACCCUAUGAAUGCUGUGAGUGCGGGAAAACCUUCCCUCAGUGUUCAACCCUUACUGAACAUCAGAGGAUCCACACAGGGGAGAAACCCUAUGAAUGCUGUGAGUGUGGGAAAACCUUUGCUUGGAGCUCAAACCUUAUUACACACAGGAGAAUCCACACAGGGGAGAAACCAUAUGAAUGCUGUGAGUGCGGGAAAACCUUCGCUCGGAACUCACACCUUAGUAGACAUCGGAGAAGCCACACUCAAGAGUGACCAUAUGGAUGCUCUCACCAUUUCUUGGAGUGAAUUUCAAGGCUGGAUUUACACCUUGCAUACUCCUAGGCUCAGCAUCUUCAGUGCCCACCCUGCCUACAGCUGACCUUCAUGUUGCACACAGUUUUAGAGAGGUAAGGUGCCCCUAGAAUGCUGGUGCGCCUAGGCAUACUCCUACUGUGCCUAAUUGGAAAUCUGGCCCUGGUGAAUCCCACAGUAUUUUUCAUCAACUUCUUUGUCCUGUAUCAUGAAAGUGUGUGUCCCUCCAACAUGAAUGUCCAUCAGCCACUGGUGUGGGAACCAGGAGUGACCUCUACCAGGUACAUGGAGGUUAAAUCUACCUGCGCCUUGACUCCACCGGGUUUUCUAUGGAGUUAGCUAGAUUAAGUUAGUGAUCCUGAUGUAAAGCCACAGCUAUUUUUUCAGUAAAGAAAAUAGCCCAUGUACAGUGGUCAGGGUUAUGUAGUAAAUUUCCUCACCAUCUGACACAACCUCCAUCACUUCUCCUAGUCUAACCAAAUCAAGAACAUCAUGUUUAUACUUUUCCUCCCACUGUAAAGCGAUUGUUAGUCACCAGGCUCCCCACUAGGGACAAAUUGUCUCAUUCCCAGUUGUUCUCACAUUACACUGGUUUGUGCUGAAAAGCAGUUGGGUUUUGUUCCAUUUUUCUCAUUUUAAAUAUAUUUAAAUAUAACAAAGACGAGCAGGGAUGAGGGGGAAGAGUGUUUUUUCAUGCUCUGUGAUACUUGAAAAGGUGGUGAGUUAGAGGGAGUCCGACCUUCCAAAUUA